AUGUCUAGACUGGAACAACAGUUGGCAUCUUGUUUAUCAAAACGCUCUGAAAGAUCUCAACUUCGAAAACUCACAACAUUUCCCUCUUCAAACGUCGACUUUUCUUCAAACGCAUAUCUUUCUCUAUCUUCAGUACCGUCUUUACUCUCGGCUUAUCACAAUCAUCUUCAAAAUCACCCAUCAUUGGGAUCUGGUGGUUCUCGCUUGCUAGAUGGAAAUUCUAGCUUUGCACAAGAUUUAGAGAGAGAUAUUGCGGCUUUUCACGAUGCUCCUUCUGGAUUACUCUUCAAUUCUGGCUUUGACGCUAACGUGGGUAUUGUGAGCUGUUUGCCUCAGGUUGGAGAUGUAAUUGUCUACGAUGAGCUUGUUCAUGCUAGUGCUCAUGAUGGCAUGAGAUUGAGUCGAGCUGCAAGAAAGAUCUCGUUUAAACACAAUUGUGUUAAUGGGGAGGGUGGUCUUGAUCAUGUUCUUGCGGGCAUUGAAGAAGAAACGUCCGUGUUUAUUCUCGUUGAAGGAGUCUACAGUAUGGAUGGAGAUGUUGCUCCUUUGAGAGAUAUUGUGUCCUGUGUCAAAUCUAGACUUGCAGGAAACGGCUACAUCAUUGUCGAUGAAGCUCAUUCCACGGGCAUAUACGGUCAACAAGGACGAGGUUUAGUUUGUGAAUUAGGCUUGGAAAAGGAUAUCUUCGCAAGGCUACAUACCUUUGGGAAGGCAAUGAGCUCUUUUGGAGCCAUCGUUUUAUGCUCGCCCAUCACAAGAGAGUAUCUGAUCAACUACGCGAGAACAUUGAUAUACACCACUGCACUGCCAUUUUCGUGUCUUGCAAGUAUCAGUGUGUCGUAUCAAUACUUGCAGGGCGAUUUUAUCGAUGCACGACUCACGCAUCUGUGGAGUCUUGUGGCUCAUGCACACAGACUUCUUCUCUCUUUGACCUCGACAACUUCGAUAGUUCGUAUUAACGGAGAACCAAAGUCACCCAUCAUUCCCUUGUUUACAUCCGAGCCGCGAAGCUUGGCGCAGUUUUGUCAGGAGAAGGGAUUCACGAUAAGGCCUAUUGUUGCACCAACUGUGCCAAGAGGGAGCGAGAGGGUGAGGAUUUGUUUGCAUGCUGGGAAUAUUGUAACAGAAGUUGAAGGGUUACUUCGAACUAUUAGAGAGUGGGUAGAACUUCAAGAACGGGCUAUUGCGAGACUAUAG